UCAUCGUUACCAAAUGCCAAUUUUUAUGUUUCUCUUACUAAAUGUCUAAUUUGUCGAAACUUCACCCAGCUCGUCUGGUCAUCCUCUCGCAGUCUCGGUGUGGGUCGGGCAGUUCGAAUUGCUCGGAACGAUGAGUCAGCGGCGGAGCGAGGCAAUCCCUACUCUUCUAAAAUCGUGGUUGUCUGUUUUUACUUCCCUCCUGGCAAUGUAGCCUCUUACUUUACAGAGAAUGUUCAUAUGCCCCUUGAAGAGGCAAAACUCUCCGAGCCCUCUACACCCACGCCUUCCGAUGCGCGCAACUCCACCCCUACAAAUCUCACUUGA